AUGGAUAGUUUGUGCUGUUUCAAUGCUUCUUACUCUCAGAUUGUUGGAGGGCGUUCUUCUUCUAGCUCCGGUAGGGGGAAGAACCAUGAUGGUGUAAUCAAGUUUGGCUUCAGCCUGGUAAAAGGGAAAGCAAAUCAUCCCAUGGAAGAUUAUCAUGUUGCAAAAUUUGUUCAGAUUCAAGGGCACGAGUUAGGGCUCUUUGCUAUUUAUGAUGGCCAUUUGGGUGAUGGUGUACCUUCAUACUUGCAGAAAAACUUGUUCCCCAAUAUCCUGAAGGAGGAAGAGUUCUGGGCUUUUCCAGAUAGAUCUAUCUCUAAAGCCUAUGAAAGGACAGACCAGGAUAUACUCUCCCAAGGCUCAGACUUGGGGAGAGGUGGGUCUACAGCUGUUACUGCAAUUUUGAUAAAUGGCCAAAGGUUGUUGGUAGCUAAUGUUGGGGACUCGAGAGCAGUUCUUUCAAGAGGUGGUCAAGCAGUACAAAUGAGUAUAGAUCACGAACCUAGCACCGAACGAGGAAGUAUCGAGGACAGAGGCGGCUUUGUUUCAAAUAUGCCAGGAGAUGUCCCGAGAGUCAACGGACAGCUGGCAGUUUCUCGCGCUUUUGGAGACAAAACCCUCAAGUCGCAUCUCAGGUCAGAUCCAGAUGUCCGAGAAUCCAGCAUAGACAACAGCACGGAUGUUCUAAUCCUUGCCAGUGAUGGCCUCUGGAAGGUUAUGUCUAAUCAAGAUGCUGUUGAUAUGGCAAGAAAGAUUAAAGACCCACAUAAAGCAGCAAAGCAGCUAACAACUGAGGCACUGAAAAGAGACAGCAAGGACGACAUAUCUUGUGUCGUUGUUAGAUUUAGAGGGUAA